CUAAGUUUUACUUUACUAAUGUGUAAAAUAAGUAUUAAAAGGUUGCACAGCGGUUUCUAAAUAAUUUGUCGGUUAUGGGAUCAGAUAAUUGCAGAAAGCAUCUGUCUUCCUUAGCAGAACACCUUACUAAAUUUGAACAGGCACCCAAAGAAAUAAAAGGCCGGCGUCUUAACGCCUGGUUCCUUGUUGGAGAAGAUAUUUUUAAAGAAUUGUUUGAAAUUGGGCGCAGCAUUAAUUGGCAAUACUCAGAAAUAAGAAAAUUUGACUUAACGUCCAAUAUCUGCUCGCAAAUUGAAAGAAACGCUGAUUGGAUAGAAACUUUAAUAUCGCUUUAUCCAAAUUAUCGAAUUGACUUUGACCUUGUCGGGUCAUCUGAUGAUAUUUGCCAAGUUAGAUCUGGUAUUGACGUUCUUUUCAAAGGAUUUAAAGGAAUAAACACAAAUUUUGAUAAAGUAUUGCAAGACUUAAACAAAGCGGAAGGAGUUGACGAGUUUGACAGGUGUCUAAAACUGUGGAUAGAGACAGGACACCGACCCGAUUUUAUUUCAAAAAGCUCAAAUUUAUCAUCAGAACACUGGUGGUGGUUUUAAAGCUCUCAUACAUAUUUUGAUAUAUAUAUUAUUUGCUGAAGAUGGACGUUACUGAAUAUAAUUGGGUUUCCAAAGCUACAGAUAAUAUUGAUAAGUACCUCCACAGAGGAGGAGAUGGUAAAGGAAAUGAACCACAACUUCUUGGAGGUACAGCCCUUGCAAAUACAAUAGGUAUAGCGUUGGGAUUACCUCUUAGCGAUCCAACUACUUGGUCGGAAUCCGAAUUACGACAGGCAGAAAGUGCGAAUUUAUGCUUUUUCGAAGGAACUGCUCGCGAAGCCAUAAACAUUAUUAUAGAAACAAUUAAAGAUUGUUGCAAUGGCGAUGAGACCAAUUUUAUCACAGUGAUUCCCAUUGAGCUCUAUUUUAACAAUAAACUAUAUGAAAUACCGAUAUUUAAAGUACAACGCUAUCGAAACUCAACUAUUUACUAUGUUGACAAUAUAGGAAGAUAUUACAGCAGCUUUUAUGAUUGGGACCACAAUAAUAAACUACCACCAUGUAAAAUAAUAUACCCCAAAGAACUCGAGUUAGUAUCUAAUGGAAAUCAUACUGCGGUUACGCCGCCUUAUGAUACACCAGUUGCUAGAGUAGAUCAUCAAGUUCUUGAAGGCGUUGAUAUUGCUGCUGGAGUGAUAGGAAUUGGCUCAGCCGUGGGACUAAUGAUCCUAUCAGGCCCAUUUGCACCGUUUUUAGCAAUAGCAGGUGGAGCAAGUGCUAUAUGGGGCACUACCAGAGCAGUUUCUGAAUUAGUUGAUAGAGGCGAUCAUGGACAAACGAUUGAUCCCUUUAAAGAUGAAACAGCGAGAAUGUUAUGGUUAGGUGUCGCCGCUAAUAUAGCUGGUUUUGGGGCUAUGGGUGUCAGUAUGAGAGUUUCAGCGGUCGCAGCUCGUGGAAUACAAAUAUCAAACGCACUAAAAGUUUUCACAAAUAUAGUUAAUGGCGUUAGCCUAACUCUUAACUCUGUAGCGAUUAUUAACAACACAGUUUACUUAAUUCAGCAUAUUAAGGAAAUGAGUGCAGGUGAAAUUUUACUUAAUCUAGCCCUUUUAGCAUUCUGGACCAAGGGUUCCUUUACAUUUAAAAGAGCAAGUGUUAUUAUAAAAGAGGCUCAUAAUCAAGCGUUUGCUCGUAUAGCUCAAGAAUUACCUCCAAGCUCAAGAGCUGAAUUUGCAGAAGUUAGAAGUAGAGUGGAGAAUGACGAAAAUUUACUUCAUUUAUUUCAUACUGCUCACAGGUCAAAUAUUUCUACAAGUGAAUUCUCUCAUCUAAUGAUAGAUGGUUUGCAUUUCUAUGAUAACGUAGCGAGACUUAAUCCUGAACAAAUCGAGGCCUUUUUAAGUUUGCGUAAUUAUCUUCAAGACGAUUUGCGACUCCUUUCUGGUUUACAGCGGUUUUCUCAAGCAUCUAAUUUAGACAGGGACAGUACACUUGAGUUAGUUUUGACACUGUGGCAAAGGUAUACCAGUUCACCUUCUCGGGGCGAUACUAAAUUAAUCGACAGCAGUAUUGUACUGGGUAACGCUCCACCUAUCAAAAUAACUGAAAUGCCUCAAUUGUCGUCGUCCCUCAUUAGAUUUGUCGGUGAACAUUUAAUUAAAGUAGAUACAAGCUCCAUGGAUCAGUGGUCAAUUCGAGAGUUAAUAUCAUUUCAGGAUCAUGGUUUGUUUACUGUAUGUCCAGUAACUGCAGUCAGUAAAACGGGCCAUUCAACAAUUACAUUAAAUGGUCAAAUACAAAUUAGUUUAAGAAAGCUACAGUCAAUACCUACUGACUCACGUGAAUCGAUGUUCAAAAUGAUUGGCGAGCUAAAACCAGAGGAUACCGUCACUAGCUCAAAAUUACCUUCUGAUGUUGUAAAAUUAUGUGUCCGUCAAUACAGGUUGCGUUUUGACGUACAUAGAAAAGAAAGUUUAGAAUGGGCCCGCGGAUCAGUUACUCAAGAAAAUUUAAUAAAUAUACUCAAAGAAAAUCUUUUACCACACGAAAAGGACAGAUUAUACACAUUUAAAACUGAAGUAAAUAUGAUGAAAGCUGACGUGUAUAUGAAUGAAAUGAUGAAGUUUGUGUCUGAGGUGAACCCUAAGAAUGUAAGUGAAAUGGUGGCAUACAGUGAAUUUGCAAUGACAUACGUUGAUGAAACAUCCGCAAACAUUGAAGCAAGCCUUCGCAAUGGUACUAUAAAACUACCACACAAUGCGAAGAAGACUGUCUGGUUGCGUCAACAAGCAAAAGAGAAAACUUUUCAUAACACAACAGAGCUAAAGCAAAAGUUGAAUGAUUUCAUGAAAAUAGUAGAUGACAAUGACAUGGUUGGAGUGCAAGUUGUACCAAAGGGACUACCUGAUGAGAAACUAGUAGAAGAAAUUCGUUCAUUACAGAUAAAAUUUGGCGGAAGAGCUUCCGCUGCCUAUCAUAUUUAUAAACAUAGUACCGAGCCACUUACUGCUUAUGUAGACCAAGCUAAUAGCACUAUUAGAUCGCCUUCAAGUAGUUAUAUGGUAUCGAUUGGCCAAGAAGGUGAUUCAAGAAUAAUAUCAUUUACAGAUGCCAAUGGCAGUGGCAUAGUUCUUGAGAAAGAUGGACGUGUUUUGCUCGCAAGCUUCAGAGCAAGUCAUAGAAAGUGAGUCAUAAUGCAUAGAAUGUAGAUAUGCACAAUUAAUAUAAGGAAAUAGUUAAAACGAAGUAUUGAUGGUAGCACUAAGUUUCUUGCCGAUUCUUCUUAGUAGCUCCUUUUCCGAAUCGGUGGUAGAUUUGUACAACAUUAGAAUGUAUAUCUUUUAUUACCUUAGCAUUAAGAAUAUGUAUUAACUUAAACGUGAAAAAGUUUCUUGAAUAUUAUUAUUGUACAUGACUUUCGUUAAUC